AUGCAAGGAACUACUGGAGCACGGCGCGAGAACAAUGGAUUGGACCCGAAUGUGACGCUAGUCCCAAAGUACGCCAGUCGAGCUCUGUGUGGGGAGACCCGAACACUGGACAAGGUGAGUGCGCUUUUGAAGCAGGAUGAGUUUCCGACGCUGGGUGCAAACCCGCCUGAUGGCCUGCCCAACGGAGGCCCCUACAAUGGUCCGCCUCCCGGCAGUUUCCAGUCGUGGGGAGGUCCUGCAGAUCGUUGGGGCGGCGGCCCUCGUCCGGCCGGCCCUGGCGGCUAUGGCCCACCCCCUUCGGGCCAGUUCCACAUGGAGGGCCACCCUGGACCGCGCUUCAUGCCGCACCCAGGCCCUGGGUUCAUGGACUACCCGCCUCCGCCGCCCCCGCCGCCGCCGCGCAGCCGGCCUCAGCCUCAGCCUCAACAAGAGCCGGUCAGAGGCCCGCCGCCAAACGCCCCUGCGCAGGCUUUCACGCAGCCGCCAGCGUAUGCCGCAGACCGCAAUGUUGCUGGCGGAGGUUACCUGCCGCCGCACCUGCGCAACCGCGACAGGAGGGACGCCGAUGGUCAGAUGGAGCCGCAUGCAGACUCGAGCACUCCGCGCCAGAUCUCUGAGGCGCAGUCGCAGCAGGCCGGUGGCUGGGGAGGCAUGCUGGCCCCCACACAGCCCAGCGAGGCUGCCCUGCCGCAGCCGUCCCCUCCUAAGAUCCUGCGCCGCGAUCCUGUCGCUCCCAUCGCUGCUCCGGAGCCCUCGGUGCAGCCGCAAGUGCCCCCGCCACAGCCACCACGCCAGCCGCCACCUGCGCAUCAGCCCAUUGCCCAGCAGCCGCCACAGCACCAUCAGCGGCCACAGCAGCCGGAGGCGUACGCGCCCCGUCCGCUGCACGCAAACAUCAGCCAGCACUCGCCGCCGGAGCAGUCGCGGGUGCUGCCACAGGGGCCGCUGCAGUUUGGGCAGCUGGAGUCGCCGUCCGGGCAGGCCAAGCAGAUCCUCGGGCAGCACCUGCAGGGCAGCUACCAGCAGCUUCACCCGCAGCUGCCCAACGGCCAGCACCCGCUGCACAACCACCCCAUCCAGCAGCAGCGGUCCCACAGCGGCCAAGGCUUCUCGCCAAAGGUGCAGCAGCAGCUGGGCUUCAGCCCUGUCCCGUCGGAGCACGCCGGCCAUGAGCCGAUCAUGACCUUUGGGCAGGCCGGGCAGGGUGGACCCACUGGGCGGGCGCACGAGCUGGUGCCGAGCGAGCACCGGGAUGCUGCGCGCGAGCUGGAGGCACAGCAGGCGUUCAUGCGCCAGAAGGCCCUGCAGCGGCACCAGGAGGCCAUGGCGCACCAGCAGCAGCAGCAGCAGCAGCAGGAGCAGCCUCGGCGCGACAGCGAGGCGUCAAGGAGAAGCCUGCCGCAGAGCACCCACUCGCACCAGUCGCAGCAGCAGGAGAGCGACAGGGAACCCGUAUCUGACCUGCGAGCCGCCGGGGGACGGGGCCGCAGCGCUGGCGCUGUCCGCGGCCGGGGCCGAGAGGGCGGGCGAGGCAGAGGCGUGAGGGACGAUAGGAUGGGCGCUGAGGGGCACUUUGGAGUACUUCAUGCUCCACCGCAGACGGCUGCCAUUCCCCCUUCCGAGCAGCUCAUCAUGCAGGCCAAGAUGCGGGCAUUGAACUUGGGGGCAAACCAGUCAAGCAGCCAAGGUCCUCCGCCGCCGCCUCCUACACAGCAGCCACCAAUACAGCAGCCGCCAUUGCUGCAGCAGCAGCAGCAGCAGCAGCAGCAGCAGCAGCAGCAGCAGCGUCGAGCACCGCACCCAGAGCGCUCUGCCGCUCCGCAGAGGGAGGCCCCACGUGCGGAGCCCAUCCAGCCCAAGGCCCUGCCGGUGCAGCGGCUGCCGCGGGAAGAUGCGCCGCAGCGGCGCGCGGGCGGCCCGGCGGCGGUGCCGGUGACAGCGCAUGAGCGGCCGGAGCGCGCGCACGCCGUGCCGGCCGAGUCACUGCCGCAGAGGGAACGCCCUCCGCGCAGAGAGAAGCCGCGGCGAGGGCCGGCCGGCGAGGGCCACGGCGACGCCGUUGCCGUUGCGGUGCCUGCCGAGCCUGCCAGGCACGCCGUCGCAGCCCGGCCAGCCAGCGAUGUGCGCGGCGGCAGGGGCGCGGCAGGCCACAACGAGCAAGGAGAGCACGCCCGCGGGCCGCGGCAAGAGCGCCGGCCGCCGCGCCAACCACGGCCGGAGCGGUCCGGGGAGCAGCACCCGCAGCAGCAAGGAGAGGGCACAGACGAGCAGCAGCAGCAGCAGAGGGAGAGGAGGGUGGCGGCACCGCAUGGAGGCCACCGGCUGGAGAACGGUGACGUGCGCGAGCGACCGCCCCGAGCGCCCCGGGCAGAGCAUGGCCCCCGCGCACCCAGGCGUGAGCCAGGUGAGACAGGGGACGUGAAGGGCGUUGACGGCAUGCAUGAGGAGGGAAUGCAGGGGGCGGGCGGUGACCUAAAGAGGCGCGGCAGGGGCGAGCGAGCACCCAAGAAGCCCCGUAAUGUGGGCGGUGAUAACGGGUCCGGCAUCAGUGCCCCUCCUGGGCUGGAUGCAGUUCCCAGUGGCAGCAACGCGUCAGCAAAGAAGCCGGAGAGGGCCGAGCGCGAACUGUACCACCCGCCUGUCAAGGAGCCUACAGCAUCGGAGGCCGUGGAGGCCGGUGGUGAAGAGAUGGAACAGAUGACUAACGACAAGCCGCCGGGGCUGCGGCCGAGGCGCGCCCGUGGCGGCCGUGACCGCCGGUCAGGCCGUGACAAAGGCGCGGAGGAAUUCACAGACGGCACCGGAGAUGGCCCGGAGGCAGCAGGAGAGGGCGGAGGCGAGGCUGGCCAGGAGCCCAGGUCAAGGCCCCUAAGGGCAAGGGGCCGGGGCCGGGGUGGCAAGGGCGGCAAGGCCGAAGGGGACGACGCCACUCCUGAGGCCGUCUCAGAGACAGCCAGCACCAAGGCAGAAGAAGGGGAGGCAGCCGGCGAGGGAGAGACCGGGCAGGGCAAAGGGCCGCGCGGCAACCGCAGCGGCCGGGGCCGGGGCUCGCGCGGCGGCAGCGGCCGCGGCCGCCGCGCCAAGGAAGGCGAAGCCGCAGGUCCCACCGCCAUUCCCAUAACCACUUCGGUGAAUGGCAAUGGUCCAGUAAGCACGGAACGUCCGGCAUCGGCCGCCGCGAGCGGGGAAGACGGCAAGCCCAAGACGCUGGAGGUGGCGAGGGCGGCUGUGGACGCCAAGGGCAAGCGCGUGUGGACAGUGAAGGACGGCAGCGCUGACUCCGCGGGAGGCCAGACUAGCGGCAAGGCUCGUGAAGGGGUGGCAAGCGUGCAGGCCGCCUCUGACUGAAGAAACAGCAAGGCUGAAGGGGCAGCGAGCGCGCAGGUGGCUACUGAGGGAAGGAACAAAGCAUCUGUUGCAUGCGCGCUUCAGAUGCAGGAGGACAAAGGAAGAUGGUGGCCUACAAGGACAGUGUAUGAGCGCUACACCCCUGAACAAUAUUUCCAAAGAAUGGCCAUGUGCUGGAGUUUGGGGAUGGAUUAUUGCUUCCGUCGGACCCUUUUGAUUGCUUGCAGUCUGGGGAAGGUCACAGUUGCCAAGGAGCAGUGGACAAACAAGGUCUCAGAUCAAUUAGGCUUUUCCAUGCAGGCUGCAGAAGUCAUGCAGUGCAAUGCUGCCCUGGUCUGUGGCAAAGGUGGACUUGUGUGUAGCAAUAGGAUGAGGAUGGAGGAGGAGACAGGUGUCUCAGGUUGAAGCAGGAAAUCUGCAGAAGAAGUGUAGGGCCUUUAAG